GAGGAGCAAGGACCGGUAGCACCAUGAGAACUGUCCACUACUCUCUGCUGUUGUUGGUUUUCGUGGUCCGGUUGCCAACUUACAGUGAGGCUUUAAAGUGCUACACCUGUAUGGGCUCAAACAAUGAUGACUGUAACCGGCAAGGCUCCAAAUCCUGUCCCAGCUACUCUGAUGCCUGCGCAGUGGUGGUGGGUCAUGACAGUGGUGUGAUGAAGUCUUGUUCCUACAAGUCUUUCUGCAGCCAGGCCAGCAGUCAGGGCUACAGAGCCCCAGGAGUCAGAGUUCACUGCUGCUACAGCGACGACUGCAACGUUAAAAGCUUCGCCUCACCGCCGCUGGGACUCAGCUAUUGGCUGCUGCCCCUUCUGCUGCUUUUGCACUGACUUUGUUUUUCACAAGACAACCAGACAACCUAACCAUGCCAACAAGAAUCAAUUCAACAUAGAAAUGCCAACAAAAUGCCAAAGAGACUGCCUAUUUUCACACUUAAUGACAUUCUUCUUACCACUACUCCACUUUACUUUGGUUACAGUAUUUAUAUGAGUGCAAGGCAUCAAGAUAAUAUAUGGAUCAAUGUUCAUAAACUGUUUCAUAUUAAAUCUGUCAAUUGGCCGUAUCUUGAAUCGGCUUUCAUUAGAAGCAACUAGAAAUUGUCCAGAGUGAGAUUCAUACAGGUUGAUAAUGUUAAGUAAAAACAUCACAGUAUCCUUUUAUUUGCAUAGAAAUGUUAAAGAACAUUCAAUUACAUAAUCUUGCAAUCAUUGAUGGGACCUUCAUAUGGUGAUGUAGCCGCUGUUGUAAAGAAAAACAAAGGUCUGGAGCAUGCCCUGGAAAUAUAUUGUUAAUAUAUUUGAUGUUUGGGGUCCAGCGUCGGGUUUA